CCCUCCCCCACACGUAGAAAAGAUGGCUGCUGUGCAAGUUGCGGGUUCCUUGCCUUCCGAGCAGCCACGGGAGGCACCGCGGGAAGCAAUCCCUGAGCGAGGCAAUGCGUUUCGCCGCUUGUCUGCCAGGCUCUGCGCCCUUCGCCCGGAUGACAGCAGCUCCGCCCGCACCGAGAUCCACCUGCUCUUCGAUCAGCUCAUCUCCGAGAACUACAGCGAGGGCAGUGGCGUGGCUCCGGAGGACGUAAGCGCUCUUCUUGUCCAGGCUUGCCGACUGGUACCUCUUAACCAGAAUCAUCUUGUUAGCAAAGUGUCCCAGCUUAUCCACCAUUUACUUAACAGAUUACAGGUAAUUGUGGAUGAACAGCACUUGGAUUUCCUGUUGGCGUAUACUAUUUCGGCUAUUCAUCAGUGUAGUUCCUGGACACACAUGGAAAUUCUUCAAGCCCUGGCAGCUCUGGUAUACUGCAAUGGCUCAAAAUGUCAAAAGUACCUCCCAGAGCUACUAGGCAAGACCGGACUCUUAAUGAAGUUGAGUGACUUGGCUCAGUCUGAUCCUGAAGUCAGGAGAGCUGCAGUACAUUGUAUGGCAAACUUAUGUCUCAGUGUGCCCGGACAGCCAUAUUUGGAGGAACCCUACCAAAAUAUCUGUUUCCAAGCUUUCCUGACUAUUUUACAAUCUCCAAAAUCAUCUGAUAUGGAUGAUAUCACAUUUUGCAUGUUACUGCAAAAUGCAUUAAAAGGUAUACAGUCACUUCUAAAUGGUGGGAGAAUGAAACUAACGCAGACUGAUGAACUUGGAGCACUUUUAGCUGUGCUAAAGAAGUUCAUGUUUCACGGACUCCCCGGACUAAACAUAGAGAUGCCCACGGUGUUGUACCCAACUCCGCUUCCUCAGUAUGAUGGGCGAACACCUAUCAAACCACAGCAAUCAGAAUCCAGUGCUUCUCGACCAACUUUGAAUAAAAAGAAAAAAUCCAAAGUUAAACCAAAGAAAAUCCAGCAAGGAGAGGAGGAGGAAAAGGAAUCCAGUGGUGAAAUAGAGGCAGCCUCAGUCACUGGCACAGGCAGAGUGAACCUGCAUGAAGGGAACACUUGGUCUCCCUCCUCCCUGGGUGUCCAGAGUUUGCCUUUAGAUGGAAGUGGAGCUGCAGGAAAAGAUGGAGUCUCCUCACCCUUCAGUUCUUCCAGUUGGAAAAGGGUCAGCAGUAGUGAGUCAGACUAUUCUGAUGCUGAAGGAGGCAUGCAGAGUAAAAUGAGGUCUUACCAAGCCAAAGUUCGCCAAGGAGCCUUAGUUUGUUUUCUUUCUACUAUAAAAUCGAUAGAAAAAAAAGUUCUUUAUGGCUACUGGUCGGCCUUUAUUCCUGAUACGCCUGAACUUGGCAGCCCACAAUCAGUGUCCUUGAUGACUCUUACGUUGAAAGACCCUUCUCCAAAGACACGUGCCUGUGCUCUGCAAGUUUUAUCUGCCAUCUUGGAAGGCUCAAAGCAAUUUCUUUCUGUUGCUGAAGAUACCAGUGACCACAGAAGGGCUUUUACCCCCUUCUCUGUAAUGAUCGCUUCCAGCAUUAGAGAGUUGCACAGAUGUCUUUUGUUAGCUUUGGUGGCAGAGUCAUCCUCACAGACCCUUACUCAGAUAAUUAAGUGCCUUGCAAAUUUAGUAUCAAAUGCACCUUAUAAUCGUCUAAAACUCAGCCUGCUGACCAAAGUCUGGAACCAGAUAAAGCCUUAUAUUCGCCACAAAGAUGUUAAUGUUCGCGUGUCAAGUCUCACACUCUUGGGAGCUAUAGUGUCCACCCACGCACCUUUACCUGAGGUCCAGCUACUUCUGCAACAGCCAUGUUCUUCUGGACUCGGUAAUAGCAAUUCAGCAACCCCUCACCUCAGCCCUCCUGAUUGGUGGAAGAAAGCCCCUGCAGGACCCUCUCUGGAAGAAACGUCAGUUAGCUCACCUAAGGGGUCUUCAGAGCCCUGCUGGCUCAUUCGACUCUGCAUUUCCAUUGUCGUACUGCCCAAGGAGGAUUCCUGUUCAGGUAGCGAUGCUGGCUCUGCAGCAGGAAGUGCCUACGAACCAUCCCCCAUGCGACUGGAGGCCUUACAGGUAUUGGCUCUUCUGGCAAGGGGCUACUUUUCAAUGGCUCAGGCCUACUUGAUGGAGCUUGGAGAGGUGAUUUGCAAGUGCAUGGGGGAAGCAGAUCCAUCCAUUCAGCUUCAUGGAGCAAAGCUUCUGGAAGAACUGGGCACAGGCUUAAUACAGCAGUAUAAACCGGAUUCUACUGUAGCACCUGAGCAGCGAGUGCCAGUCUUCUUGGUGGUGAUGUUCUGGACUAUGAUGCUGAAUGGUCCUUUACCCAGAGCCCUGCAGAAUUCGGAGCACCCAACUCUCCAGGCGAGCGCCUGUGAUGCCCUGUCUUCCAUCUUGCCAGAGGCCUUCAGCAGUCUGCCGAAUGACAGGCAGAUCCUGUGCAUCACAGUGCUGCUCGGACUGAAUGACAGCAAGAAUCGCUUAGUGAAAGCUGCAACCUCACGGGCCCUGGGAGUCUAUGUGCUUUUUCCCUGUCUCAGACAGGAUGUCAUAUUUGUUGCAGACACAGCAAAUGCAAUAUUGAUGUCACUUGAAGACAAGUCUCUGAAUGUUCGAGCCAAAGCAGCCUGGUCCCUGGGCAACCUGACAGACACGCUGAUUGUCAACAUGGAAACACCAGACCCAAGUUUCCAGGAAGAGUUCUCCGGUCUCCUGCUCUUGAAAAUGUUGCGAUCAGCUAUAGAAGCAUCCAAGGAUAAAGACAAGGUAAAGAGCAAUGCAGUCCGGGGCCCUUGGAAAUUUGCUUCAUUUCUGCAACCCUCUCAUAUAGAAAAACCCACAUUUGCAGAAAUAAUUGAGGAGUCUAUCCAGGCCCUAAUUUCUACUGUUCUAACAGAAGCUGCCAUGAAAGUCCGAUGGAAUGCUGUUAUGCAAUGGGAAUGUAUUUAAAAUCCUGCCCUUCCAUUAGAAGAUUUGAGACCUAAGGAUGUGUUCCUGGAGAGGAGCUCAUGCAUCAAGUGAGGGAAGUCUGGCUCUGUUCCCCUUUAUUGCCCAGAGCGUCCAGGCCGACCAGUCAGCUGGGAGCAGGUGGAGAAGUAGCCUCCUGGCUUCUUCCACUGAGAAGUCACCUAAGGGUGACCUUUGGGGUUGGAGCUCAUUGAGGUGGAUGUCCGCCUUCUGGAGAGCCAAGAAGUCCUUGAAACAAGGGCACCUCAGUGGUGGUUGGCUCCUACCUGCCUUCCAGUAUGGCCCUUGCCCUCAGCCUACUAGAGAGAGAAGUUGACCUGCAUGACUUGGAGGGAAAGGGAAGUUCCAAAGAGGCAGGAAGUUUGAGAACUAGAAGUCAUCCAGUAGCAGAGCUAUCAAGAGCCACAUAAGAAAAGGGAGCCAGAAACUGAUAAAGAACUCUGACGGGUCAGAUUGUGAGUGUCUUGUAGGUCUAGCAGUGGCCCAUUGUCAAUGGCAGUGGCAUCCACCAAAUGGAAAGGGCCUGCCUGCCUGUCUUCGGAGGCAACAGAGAAGCUGGGAGGGGCUGGGUGAGUUAAGAGAAGCUGCAUUCUACUCUGUCACCCAUCUUGAGGAGUAAGGACACCCCAAAAUGGAGUGGGUAGCAGUAGCUCUGGUAAGGAGGAAAGCAGGCUGAUUUCCUAGGGCCUACAGGUAUAGAGAAAGAAUAGAAAUCUGGGCAUCUUAUUCUUGAAACUGUACAUUUUCUUUUUCUUUGCAAUAAAAUGCAUGACUUGCUAUGGCCAGAACAGUGUCUGGAUGCUGUUGCAAGUGAGGAAAUAAUUCUUUUUGCCAGCAUGAACAGCACUGCCACAUGCAGUGUGUGCUUUGCACACAGCUCAGAAGGGCCCAACUGAGAGGACAGGUGGGGUUGCAGUUCAGUCCACGCUCUACCCACGAAGCCAUACCCCAUGGGACAGAAUCCUCCCAGAGAAGAAGCCUUUUUCUGAGUCACCAAAGGCCCUAUAUCGGGUAGCAGAGGCUCUAAGCAUGUCACAGGCUGAGGUAGGGAAAGAGGGAGGUUUGGGGAUUGGCACCUGGCCACUUACCUAGGAUCCUACAGUCAGUCACCACCGUUGUCUUACAGGAUGAUUGUGAGAAUGAAGUGAACACAUAAAAUGAGUGUUUUGGGGACUAGUGUUUAUGCUGCCUUCCGCCCCUCUCCCUCUCACCCCACCUAGUUCUAAGCCUGCAUUUGUUUAGUGACUGUGGAUUCUUUCUAGGGACAGCCCCAUGGACCCCAGGCCUACAGUGCCCUGACAUCGGUCGUGACAUCAUGCAAGAACUUUAAAGUGCGCAUCAGAUCUGCCGCUGCCCUUUCCGUCCCGGGGAAGAGAGAGCAGUAUGGGUCUGUUGAACAGUAUGCUCGGAUCUGGAAUGCAUUGGUCACCGCCUUACAGAAGAGCGAAGACACCAUAGACUUUUGGAAUUCAAGUACUGUGCCAGCCUACGGACCCAAAUCUGCGAGGCACUGAUUCACCUCUUGAGCUUGGCCAGUGCCUCGGACCUCCCUUGUAUCAAAGAAAUCCUUGAACUGAAUGGGAAUAUGGUCCAGUCCUAUAUCGUACAGUUUUUAAAAUCUGGAGCAGAGGGAGAUGACACUGGAGCACCUCACAGUCCACAGGAAACAGACCAGAUGGUCAGAAUGGCCCUUAAGCACAUGGGCAGCAUCCAGGCACCAGCUGGAGACACAGCCAGAAGGACCAUCAUGGCUUUUUAGAAGAGAUCCUGGCCAUUUGUUUUGAGUCAUCUGGAUCACAAGGGCACUCCCAGGGUUAACGAAUCAGUGAGGAUCCCACCAUACUUUCUAGGUGUCGAAGGUGGCAAUAGGAAGACCUGAGCUUGAGCGUAAGAUCUGUGGGAUUUCAUCUUAGGGGCAGAAACAAUCCAUUCACUAUUUAGAAUGACUUAGCAGCAAUUAAAUUUUUACAGAGGGCUCAACCACCUUUGGAGUGGCUCCAUGGCACUGGCCAUGGUCAGGGUGGUUGGAACGUCUGACCUGUGCAUCCAGGAGCCGAGGAGUCAGGUUAUAAUAUGGGCUAAGCAGACAGGGGCUUUGAGGGCAUUUAGUCUCAGAAAAAAGUAGAAGGAUUUAGGAAUUAGAAUUUUAUAUAUUGUAUCUGUAGUUUUGUAAUAAACUAAUGAAGAAUUAUGUGUCCACAA